AAUUAGGUUGCAUUAAAAAUACUUAAUAUUAUAUACCUAAUAUUAUAUUGCACGAGAAACACGUCCACUACUCCAUUGGAAGUUAUUGAAGUAUUGUAAUUAAGUUGUACAAUCUCCUUCCCGCGCUACAUCACCCACAUCUUCCGAUGAUGGGUGAAAACCCACCAGGAGUCGAUGUGCUUGAGGGCGUACUGCAGAAAUACGCCUGCACUAUAAACAAUUGUGAAUGGGAUCGCUUCUGCAGGGCUCUGAAAAUCCCACCGUGGGAAAUGAACCGAUGGAAAAUGUCCACUCUGUGCCAAGAAGAGAAGUACCAGAUGAUCCAAGGAUCAUCCAGAAAAGAUCCCAAUGGGGUUUCGGAGAGGGUCCAAGAUUACUUUGGAUCAACGAAUGGAUUACUUUGGAACGACGGCGGUGAGUUGGAUGCUGUGACAGUAUACGGCAUUAUCGACCGCAUACCAAAGAGUAGCUGGCCACGCUUUGCACGUCUCGUUCUUAAAGUAAAUCACGCAAGAUUCAGUCCUUGCAACCUCAGCCAAGAGCAGAAGUUGCUGAUGCUGAAGGAAUGGUCAUCUUAUCAACACCCAUCAGUUGAUAUAAGAGCAAAGCUGGAAGAAGCUUAUCGCGCACUUGGACCCAUGUUGCAAGGACCGACGCACAUUGGGACCCUCAUCUUGAAUGCCGAAAAUGUGCAUGUCACUAACAUGGAAAGAAAUAACAUCGGGACUUUAGGAAUGUAGCGAAACGUGUAUAGGCCUAUAUCUAAAACGGAGCUCCCGUAGUAUUCGUACCAAAAUAGCGCACAACCUUCUAACCCUGACCUGGUACACAUACUAAGUUCAGGUUGGGCGCCAUCUCGGUACGAAUACUACGGGACAAAAAAACAGGGAGCAAAUAUUUAUCGAUAGUGCAGAACGUUACAAAAACACAUUUCAAUUGUCGAUUUACCUGCAUUUAUAAAGGUUAAAGAAUCCUUUACAGGCUUGUCCAUGGGAAUGGGAUUCCCAUGGGAUGGGACAGCACACAUUUGUA